CGUGAGCGCUCGGGUGUCUCGCUCUGUUCAGAUGGAGAGAGUAUAUGGCAAACAUUUGAAGAAAUUGUACCUCUUUAUUGAAAAGCAAUUUACAGAAGCAAUUUAAUAGUAUUGUUAAUGGAGUGGUUUGAAUGCGAACAGGGGUAUUUGGUUCCGAACUACCGCGUGUAUGCUGACAAAUAGUUUUCACCAGUCGACUGCGCUAAUUAGAGUCUGGAACAAGUUGGAGUGAUUAGCAAACUGGAAGCUUUCAAAUGGAUAUCUGUGCUGGCUCAGCGUGUCGGAAUGAUCAAAGCCUUUGCGCCCAGUUGAGCCACAUGUGAGCACAUCCUGUCUGAUAGGCGUGCGUUCUCCAGCUCUGGGUUUCCGCAUUGGCUAUUGUGUUCAACGGACACGCUUUCUACUCUGAACUGCGGAGCCUCCCUGGAUGCGAUGGAGGGAGCCCCAGAGAAGCCCAGCCCUCGAGCUCACCGACCCAAACACAACCCUGGGCCACCUGCUGGACUGACCCUGGGCCAGUCCCGGAGCACAGAGGACGUGUCCGUGGAGCGACUCUCCGGAGCCGGUUUCCUCAAAGGCUUCUCUCUGCGGAACGUCAGCCUCUGUGUGGUGGACGGGGUCCGGGACAUGCUCCAGAGAAGCCGGGGCGCCUCCCCGGAACCCCGUCGCAGGCUCAACGGGGAGACUGCGGGCCGCUGGAGCCCUCGGCUGCUGCGUUUGCCCAGGGGCCCCCGGGCGGCCCUCAGGGCCCCACCAGCCGAGGUGCAGAGGGAGGGGGCGCUACGCUACAUGGUCGCUGACGACUCCCACUGCAUGGGGAGCAGCGCCCAGUGGCAGAAGUGUCGUCUGCUGCUGAGGAGGACUGCGGGCGGGGUCGCGGAGCGGGAGGCGUUCCUGCUGGAGUUCUACGUGCCCCCCAAGUCUUCAAAGCCUAAAGUGAGUGUGCCACUGUCAGCCAUUGUGGAGGUUCGGACAACCAUGCCCCUGGAGAUGCCAGACAGAGACAACACCUUCGUUCUCAAGGUGGAGAAUGGAGAAGAGUACAUCUUGGAGACUUUAGACUCUCUACAGAAGCACUCGUGGGUGGCUGACAUUCAGGACUGCAUAGACCCAGGGGAUAGUGGAGACGACAUUGAGCUGACAUCAUGUCCUCAUGGCCAGUUCCCCUCUGUGUCGACCUGCAGUUGUGAGCUCGAAUCUCCAAGACUACACCGGAGCAGCCAGCCCCGCUCUGGCCCCUGUGGCCCUUCAGGUCCCCGGUGUAGGACCCUGGCCUCCCCUGUCCACCCUGCACACGUCCCCCUGGAGCGCUUCCUCCAGUCUCUGGAGACCGUCAGACCCGGAGCAGAGGGUUUACUCAGUACUGAUACAGACACCUCUCUGACCUGUUACCCAUGGUUUCACGGCACGCUGUCGAGGGUACGUGCUGCGCAACUGGUGUUGGUGGGCGGUGUUCGAAGCCACGGGCUCUUUGUGAUUCGCCAGAGCGAGACACGCCUCGGAGAAUUUGUCCUCACCUUUAACUUCCAGGGCAAGGCCAAGCACCUGCGUCUCUCCGUGGACUCGCGGGGCCAGUGUCAUGUGCACCACUUGUGGUUCCAGAACGUCGUAGACAUGCUGCAGCACUUCCACUGCCACCCAAUCCCCCUGGAGUCCCGCGGAGCCUCUGAUGUCACGCUCCGCCAUUACGUUCAAAUGCAACGCAGCUGUCCAGAGCUCAGUGUGUCGAGGACAUCCACCCCUGUCAGAGAGCCUGCCUGUCGAAACGGCUUCCACCAAUCGGCACACUUCUAUCCUGGAGUGUUGCACUCCAUGGGCCAGUCUGUGGAGGCUCCUCACGCACCGGGCUCUCCUGCCCUAUCCCGUGGCCCUCCCGCCUUCCCCAGGCUGGAGGGCAACAGUGCAGGGAACGGAGGAGGCCUGAGGAGUCGAAGUGGCAGUACAGAACACUUACUGGCGCCAUCCAGUGGCUCUGCUGAUGAACAGCAGGAGAAUGAUGUCACACAGAGGACAAGAGCUGUAGAGAAUCAGUACUCACUCUAUUGAGGAUUAAAAAAAAACUGGUCACAUCUGAUACUGAUGUAUUUGUAGGAUUUAGGAUAAAUACAUAUAUUUUUUUUAACACUUAAUGGACCCAGUAUCCGGUCCAGUAAACGGUGAGUAUACCAAGGGGGGAAAAAAAAUAUAUUGAAGUCAGGUAUGUGUAAGUAAGGGUUCCAGUGACAAAGUGAAUCUGCAGCGAGCUGUCUAAUGUACUGUGAGUAGCCUAGCUCCUCAGACUCUAUUGCUGUAAUUAGUUAUAACCUCCAGUCUGGAAGCACUGUUAUUUACAAGGGUGUACAAGAAACUGCUGACUGAACUGGGAUAGUUAUCCUAAAUAACUUGUAAAUUGUUAAAAUCUCUAGACCAAAUAUUCAUAUCCACCUCUGAACUAAAGACUGUAGUGUUGAAUAUCCUUUAACCCUCGUGCUGCCUUCGGGUCACAUGACCCAAAGGUUCAUAACGAACCAUCGUUGUGUUUACCCAAUUUUACCCAAUACAAAAACAAAUACAAAUAAUUUUCUUUUAACCCUCGUGCUGCCUUCGGGUCACAUGACCCAAAGGUUCAUAACGAUUGUUUUUGUAUGAGGUAAAUUUGUCGCAAUACGACGGUGGGUCACAAUGACUGAUGGGUCAGAAUGACCCGAAGAUAACACAAGGGUUAAGCAGGAAGAUGCUUUCAAUUAAACUCAAGACAAUCUUCACUGAAUGAUUGAUUCAAUGAAUGAAUACUCCAUCUCCUACUGUGGUACAAUGGUGAAUGUUAAGUCCAAUGUUUUGUGAAUAUUGAAAUAUUUUGGCAACUCGAUAGGACCUUGACCCUGUAAAAUAAUGUCUUAACUCUGGUUAUGACUUUGGAUUUAUGUGACAAAAAUGAAGAUGUAAACGCAGUGGACAUGAGAUUAUUUUACAUGUGAUUCCAUAUCAAUGCAAUCAUUACAAUAAAAUUGUAUUUGUAAUUACUGUG